CCCGUGGCCUGACUGCAAACCAGGCAUACUGCUGAGCUGUUUCUAUGGUGCUACAUCUGAGACUUAAGAGUCAUCACACUCAGCCAAUCACAUGGCUUGUGGCUUGCGGGGGCACAGUGUGGGCUGUAGCAGCUAAGAGAGAACGUUUUUUUGAAGUUUCUUUUGGUAAGCUCUGGAGUUUGUUCAGGGAGGACCACUAUCCUGGAAGAGAACUGGAGGCAGGAAAGGGGAUCGGGCACACUCAUCAUUAUCAAUGGAAUGAGGACUUGAUCUCUUGACUGCAAUCUUCCCUAGGAGUUUUGUUUCUGACAUUGCCUUUGAACUUCAAUCACUUCUACAGAAUUGUUAUACGCCACUUUGUUCAUGUUUGUUGGAUGGAAAGUGAGCAAAUGAAGAGGAAGAAUUCACCCUGAAAACGUGGCCGUACAGAACUAAAAAAAUAAGUUUUUUACAUCUUCUCGGGGAAAGCGGUGGUUCUUGUGAUAACUGAAGAAUAGUGUUGCCAUGGCUGAUAAUGUUAUUGAAGAGUCUGAUUACUAUCCCGGUAAAGAUGAGCUGGAAUGGGGCUAUGAAGAAGGUGUUGAGUGGGGUCUUCUGUUUCCUGAAGCAAAUGGAGAGUACCAGUCCCCCAUAAAUCUCAACUCCAGGGAGGCAUGCUAUGAUCCCCGGCUCCUGGAGGUGGGGCUUAACCCCAACUAUGUGGUUUGCAGGGACUGUGAGGUUAUCAAUGAUGGUCACACUGUGAGGAUUAUGCUCAAGUCUAAAUCAGUUGUGACCGGUGGCCCUCUUCCCAGCGACCAUGAGUAUGAACUGAAUGAGGUGCGCUUCCACUGGGGAAGGGAGAACCAGAGGGGUUCCGAACAUACCGUCAACUUCAAAGCUUUUCCUAUGGAGCUUCAUCUCAUCCACUGGAACGCCACAUUAUUCAACAGCGUGGAGGACGCCAUGGGCAAGAAAAAUGGCAUUCUCAUCAUUGCACUGUUUGUGCAGGUUGGAAAGGAACAUCUUGGACUGAAGGCCAUUACAGAUGUCCUCCAGGACCUGCAGUAUAAAGGAAAGACAAAAAUCAUUCCAUGUUUUAACCCUAACACAUUACUACCUGACCCUCUCUUAAGAGAUUACUGGGUGUAUGAGGGCUCUUUGACCACACCACCCUGUAGUGAGAAGGUCACCUGGAUUCUCUACCGUUACCCACUAACCAUCUCUCAGAUGCAGAUUGAAGAGUUCCGUCGACUCCGGUCUCAUGUUAAAGGAGCAGAGCUUCUUGAAGGGAAUGAUGGGAUGCUGGGAGACAACUUCAGACCAACUCAGCCCCUGAGCGACAGGGUGGUCAGGGCAGCAUUCCAGUAGAGCCCCCACAGCAGGAUACAUUUUAAUCUGCCAUGG